AUGGCUCGUGCAAUUGGUAUCGAUUUAGGCACAACAUAUUCAUGUGUUGGUAUAUUUCAACAUGGUAAAGUUGAAAUAAUUGCAAAUGAUCAAGGUAAUCGAACAACACCAUCAUAUGUUGCAUUUACUGAUAGUGAACGUUUAAUUGGUGAUGCAGCUAAAAAUCAAGCAGCAAUGAAUCCAAAUAAUACAAUUUUUGAUGCUAAACGAUUGAUUGGUCGUAAAUUUAAUGAAUCAACUGUACAAUCUGAUAUGAAACAUUGGCCGUUUACAGUUAUUAAUGAAAGUAGUAAACCAAAAAUUCAAGUACAAUAUAAAAAUGAAACAAAAUCAUUUACACCAGAAGAAAUUUCAUCAAUGGUUCUAUUAAAAAUGAAAGAAACUGCAGAAGCUUAUCUUGGAAGAAAAGUGUCAGAUGCUGUUGUUACUGUUCCAGCUUAUUUUAAUGAUGCACAACGACAAGCAACAAAAGAUGCUGGUAUAAUUGCUGGACUUAAUGUUUUACGAAUUAUUAAUGAACCAACAGCAGCAGCUAUUGCUUAUGGUUUAGAUAAGAAAGCAACUAAGGAAAAAAAUGUUUUGAUAUUUGAUUUGGGAGGUGGAACAUUCGAUGUGUCUAUAUUGAUUAUUGAUCAAGGUGUAUUUGAAGUUAAGUCAACAGCCGGUGAUACACAUUUAGGUGGUGAAGAUUUUGAUAAUCGUAUGGUAACACAUUUUAUACAAGAAUUUAAAAGAAAAACUAAUAAAGAUAUAUCACAAAAUAUGCGUGCUCUUAGACGAUUACAUACAGCAUGUGAAAGAGCAAAACGUACAUUAUCAUCAUCAUCUCAAACAUCAAUUGAAAUUGAUUCUCUCCAUGAAGGUGUUGAUUUUUAUUCUCAAAUAACACGUGCUCGUUUUGAAGAAUUAUGUGCUGAUUUAUUUCGUUCAACACUUGAACCUGUAGAAAAAGCUUUACGUGAUGCAAAAAUGGAUAAAUCAAAUAUUCAUGAAAUUGUACUUGUUGGUGGUUCAACACGUAUUCCAAAAGUACAAAAAUUACUUCAAGAUUUCUUCAAUGGAAAAGAAUUAAAUAAAUCAAUUAAUCCAGAUGAAGCUGUUGCUUAUGGUGCAGCUGUACAAGCAGCUAUUUUAACUGGCGAUAAAUCAGAUGAAAUUAAAGAAGUGGUUUUAAUUGAUGUUGCACCACUUUCAUUGGGUAUCGAAACAGCUGGUGGUGUUAUGACAUCAUUAAUCAAACGUAGUUCAGCUAUUCCAACAAGACAAACACAAACAUUUACAACAUAUUCAGAUAAUCAACCUGGUGUUGAUAUAAAAGUUUAUGAAGGUGAACGAACAAUGACAAAAGAUAAUCAUUUACUUGGAAAUUUUGAACUUACUAAAAUUCCUCCAGCACCACGUGGUGUACCAAAAAUUGAAGUUACAUUUGAUGUUGAUGCAAAUGGCAUAUUAAAUGUUUCAGCUGUUGAAAAAUCAUCUGGUCAAGAAAAGAAAAUAACAAUUAGAAAUGAUAAUAGUCGAUUAUCAAAGGAAGAAAUUGAAAAAAUGGUAUCUGAUGCUGAAAAAUAUAAAAAAGAAGAUGAUAUACAACGUGAACGUAUAUCAGCAAAAAAUUCACUUGAAUCAUAUUGUUUUAAUAUGAAAACAAGUAUUAAUGAUGAAAAAGUUUCAUCAAAACUUUCAUCUGAUGAUAAAUCAAAAAUAAAUGAAACAAUUGAAUCAACUUUAAAAUGGAUGGAAACAAAUCAAUUAGCUGAUAAAGAUGAAUUUGAACAUAAACUUAAAGAAAUUGAAAAAAUUUGUUCACCAUUCAUGGCUAAACUUUAUGGUGGUGAAAGCAAUAUGUCUGAUGAUCAUAGUGGACCUAAAUCAAAUGGUAAUGGUCCAACUAUUGAAGAAGUUGAUUAA